AUCCCUCCACCCCCCCUAUCUCUUUACAGGACUGCCAGCCCGUCUAGAGUUAUUCCAGGAAUGCGUUGAACAUGGCUGCCGCGAUGAAGGCGCAGAAAACGGGACUGCUGGAACUUCGAGUGACCGUGGACCGCUGGAUCCGGGUGUUGGCUACUCUUACCGAGGACACGCUCACAGUAAACCCCGGGGAGGGUGCCGAGGAGCCCGCCAAGCCCAACCCGAGCCCCGCCGGUGCUAUCAACGGAGACCCCCCGAACCUAAGCUCGUCCCCGGUCCCGGAAACCAUCACCAACGUGAAGCGCACCGUGCGAGUUACCAAGCAAGAUGUUGGAGGACUCGGAAUCAGUAUCAAAGGUGGGAAGGAGAACAAGAUGCCAAUCCUCAUCUCCAAGAUUUUUAAGGGCCUGGCUGCUGACCAGACUGAGGCCCUUUAUGUUGGUGACGCCAUAUUGUCUGUCAAUGGUUUUGACUUAAGGGAGGCCACACACGAUGAGGCUGUACAGGCGCUGAAGAAAACUGGCAAAGAAGUCAUCCUUGAAGUGAAAUACAUCAAGGAGAUGUCGGCCUUCUUUAAAAACUCGGGGUCCCCUGGGGCCGCCCUCCCCUGGGAGUCUCCCCCCUCCACCCCGCAGAGGGGUACUGAACUCUCACCUGCUGAGGUGAAGGAGCCCCGCAGCAUCCCGCUGAAGAUGUGCCAGGUGUCACGAAAACAAUGCCCCCCGGACACAGAAAACAGGUAUUUCGAAGUGAUUUCGUCCAGCAGAAAGAACUCUGUGUUCCUGCGGGCAAAAGACCCAGCAAUGGCUCAGUCCUGGUACAAUGCCAUCCAGGCUGGCUCUGCCAACCUUUUACCAAGAGUGAAGGAGGAGAUGAAGAGCAUGCAGCUUGGCAUGGAGGUCAAACAUCUGGGCUGGAUUACAGAGCAGGUGACCCAGGGUCCAGAGAAACCAGUACUGGCCAUGUUGACCGACAAAGACCUGCUCCUGUACCCCUCCUUGCCUGAAAGCAAAGAGAGCCUCAGCAACCCCACCAAGAGUCACCCGCUCAUUGCUACCAGAUUGGUCCACUCCGGCCCAGGAAAAAGUUCCCCUCUGCUGGACUCUGACCUCUCAUUUGGCCUGCGUUCGGGCACGAAGCAAGGCGUGGAGACGCAUGUGUUCAGGGUGGAUUCUGCCAAGGAGCUGUCCACCUGGACUCAUCUGCUGGUGGAGGGUUGCCAUAAUGCUGCUGAGCUCAUCAAGGAGGUCACCACGGCCUGUAGUUGGAAUGGGAAGGAGUGUACCCUGGGAGUCCACAUUGAUGAGGGUUUCACACUAUUCACAGAAGAGAUGGGUGUCAGAAAAAGUAUUCUGCUUCAGCAGCCCUUUGAGCGCCUAAGAAUGUCCUCAGAUGAUGGAGUUCGCAUGAUGUUCCUCGACUUCGGGGGCCCGGAGGCUGAGAUUCAACUGGACCUCCACUCUUGCCCCAAGAUCAUAGUCUUCAUCAUCCACUCUUUCCUGUCUGCUAAGGUGAAGCGACUUGGCCUCCUGGCAUGAUAACGGCCAGCCACCUGGAACAUCAGCAAUAGGAAUAUUCAAUAAAACACACAGCCAGAAGACUCUGAAACACCGUAGGAUGUGGCCCAGGAAAAGAUGCUGACUAACCCCCUUCUUUUCAGCCCUCCUAGGCCUCUAAAAUGAUCAAUUCUGGUCGGGCACCUGCUGGUCUUUCUAAGGGGACGGAGAGAAAACUGCAACAUUGAUGGACCUUUGUUGAACUUGUAGUUGUAUGGUAAAGAGAGGUUUUAUAGAUGGAGUAAGUCAGCGGCCGCUUAGUGGAUCUGACAUCUGUCAAAUCCGUUACAGUGGGUCAUCACACUUUAUGAGGGCAAACUGUGUGAAGUGACAGCCUGCAUCUUAAUGUUUCUAAGCUUGAAGUCCCAAACAUUUUAUGUUUUUUGCCCCAUUGUUCAGUUUUGUUUUGUUUUGUUUCAUGAGUCACAGCAGGCCUUUGUCAUGAGCAUCCUUUCAUCUUUCAGUCUUUGCUUUAUGUGCUUUGAGCUGUCAUAACAAAAGUUAUUUCACAAAUGUCCUGAUUGAUGUUGGACAAACAUUUUUUUUUCUAAAGGCAGCUUCAGUGGAGUGACAGAAUGACAUGACUGAUGACUACAUGAUCAAUAGUCUGUACUGAACAAUGUACAGAAAACAACUAUAACUAAAUGCUUUUUAUGUGGAUGCUUGAGUUGCCUUUACCCUGAAUUCUCAUGAAAAAAAGAUUCAUACUAUUUGUUGAAAACAACGUCUGAAUGCCAAAUUUAAUAUAUGUUUCAUUGCAGCAGAACAACUUGUUAGUUUAUUUUCCUCUUUAUCUCUCCUCUCCUGUUUAAAAUGCUAAUCCAUGGCCUAACAAAGAGAAAUGACUAACAGAGUAUAAUAUAAAAGGCUUUUUUUGUAAUUACGUUUGAGCUUAACCAAUGAAUUAGAUUAAAACUUGUAAUUUUCCUAACAAAAGAGAAACCUUCCUUGAGUCUGGAGGGCCUCAGUCAGUCAAUGUGACUCAGCAGUUUAUUUUCAUAUGCCCAUGUGAAGUACAAAAUAAGAGCUCUUGUGCUUUUAGCUUCCUACUGACAAAGGUUGUUCCAUAAUCAUGAAUUGAUGGAUCACAAACAGUUUACUGAAAGAGUUCCAGUCCGGCUAAGCUACUUCUUCUGCUUUCAAGUACAAUUCAACUAGCUCUUUAAUAAACUAGUACAUGGUUUUUGUCUGUACUUCAUAAUUUAAUCAUGAAAAAGGAGGAAUGGCCUCCAGAAAGCCACAGAUGGCCCAUUUUCUACUCAAUUUGUCCAACAUUUAAAUAUGUCAAUUUAUCAUAUAAAAGAUGUUGAGUUGUUUACAUCAUAAAGUGUUUUGUUUUUUUCUUUAAUCUUUGUGUCGACUGACCAUCCACAACAUGGGGCCUUCUCUCUGUGUCCAUCACUAAACAGACUUGUAUUAAUAUAUAUUUCAACACUAAAACCUGUUUGCUUUCAAGAAUAAAAUGUAUUGUAUAUUCUUAUUUAAACAAAGGUGUGCCUUGCAGGGUUGUUUGUAUAUAAACAUGUAAUAAACUUUGUUAACUUUUA